AGCAUAGUUACCUUUGAAGCCUCAAACGCGCUACACAAUAUCUAAACAUGAAGUUCCUCAUUGUCUUCGUCGCCCUCUUCGCCCUGGCCCUGGCUGCGCCACCACAGAGUGAUGUCCAAAUUGUGCGUCAGGACUCAGAUGUCCAGCCUGACAGCUACAAAUAUGGUGUGGAGACAUCCGAUGGCACCAACAAAAACGAAGAGGGUCAGCUGAAGAACAUUGGCACAGAACAAGAGGCUAUUUCCGUUAAGGGCUCAUUCUCCUUCGUUGCCGAUGAUGGUCAGACCUACCAGGUCAACUACAUCGCCGACGAGAACGGUUUCCAGCCCCAGGGCGCUCAUCUGCCCGUCGCCCCCGUUGCCUAAGAAGCAAUGUUAAAUUUUAAAUAAAUUGAUUGUUUUCCUGAAAAAAUGAUGCUUUAAGUUUUUUGAGUUUACAGAUAAGGAAGGUCUUUUAGAUAAUUGAAAACAUUGUCAAGCAGUACGAGUAAAAGCUGUCUACACAAAUA